AUGAAGGCACUUUUGUCUAAGUUGGUCAAAGGGAAAGAAAGUCAAGAGAGUUAUCUGAAGGAUAUCAAAGAAGAUUUGUCAGGUUUGAACCAGAAAGUUGAUUCACAUGUUACAUCAAUCAGGCAGUUGGAGCAACAAUUUGGUCAGAUGUCAGCCACAGUAAAUCAAAGACAGCCUGACACUCUUCCAAGCAAUAUAAUGGUUAAUCCCAGAAGUGAUAGUCACUGCCACUCCAUUACCACUCAGAGUGGUAAAGUCAAUACAGACUUACCUUUACCCAUGAUUUUUGAGCAUAAGAAUGACAAGGAGCCUGUUGAUGUAGAGAACAGUAGCAAGCAGGAUGGAGGAGAAAAUAAGGUUGCAGAUCCUGUAUUAAAACCCAUUCAACCUCUUUCUUCUUAUCUACAAAGGUUGAGAAAAAAGAGAAGAUGUGCUAUAGCUACUAGAUCAUUGGUGGAGAAAAUGGAGGAUCCCGGUGCUUUCACUCUACCUUACACCAUUAGGUCUUUCACCUUUGCUCAUGCUUUAUGUGAUUUGGCUGCUAUUAUUAAGCUUAUGCCAUUUGUAGUGUUUAAACAACUGGGGUUGGGAGCUCCAAAACCUACCACCAUGAGACGAGUGUUUGGAGAAAGGAUGGUGAAAAAGCUAGUUGGUAUUUUAUAUGAUAUAUUGGUGAAGGUGGUUUCCUUUAUUUUUCCUACUAAUUUUGUGAUCUUAGAUUGUGAAGUGGACUUGCAAAUCCCAAUUAUUUUAGGAAGACCAUUUUUAUAUACCGGUAGGACAUUGAUUGAUAUGGAGCUGGGGCAACUAAUACUGAGAUUGAAUAAUGAACAAGUGAUGUUCAGUGUAUGCAAAUCCAUGAGAUAA